AUGGUGGUUCUGUUAGAUGAAAUCCAACCAUUAAUGCCUUCUGUGAAUGCUUACAACAAGCUGAACUUGAGGAUCUUAGGUUCACUGGCAUUUUAUACACCUGGAAUAACAAAAGUUUUGGCUCAGCUUGUUUUAGCUAACAAGUUACAACUGGCUCUCCCUCACAUCAUUGAUCACACCCAAACAACCUUUGUUCAAGGUAGGAAGAUUACUGAUUCAGUUUUACUCACUCAUGAGCUAUUGAGAGGUUAUCAUAGAGACAUUCCCCCUCCAAGAACCCCAAGAUUCAGAUACCAUUGGAGGUGCAAGGAGCUGGGUAUCACCCAUUUCUCAUUUGAAGAUGAUCUUUUCCUCUUUUUCCAUGGUGACAUUACAUCUGUAUCCAUCCUAAAAUCUGCCUUAGAUCACUUCUGCACCAUGUCAGGACUCUCCAUCAACUUGUCCAAAAGCUUAAUAUUCCUCUCAGGGGUAGACCCCUCUACAGAAGCAGCUAUCUUAAACCUACCAGGAAUUAAUACAAGUUCUCUCCCUAUUAGACACUUGGGGGUUCCUCUAAUCUCAACCUAUUUAAGGGCAGCUGAUUGUAGGCCUCUAAUUGAAAGGAUCACGCACACGAUAACUCAUUGGACCUCAAGGUCUUUAUCCUAUGCAGGAAGACUACAAUUGAUUAAAUCUGUACUAGUUUCCACCCAAGUCUAUUGGUCAAGUAUAUUCAUCCUUCCUAAAGUGGUUUUUGAUGAGAUCAAUAGAAUACUCAUGGCAUUCCUUUGGUCUGGCAUUGAAAUGAAGUCCACAAGUGCCAAGAUUGCUUAG